CGUGGACCAAAAUGGUCCACGCUAGGAAAUGCGAACCACUGUUGGUCCACGCAAGAAAGUGUGGACCAUCAGUGGUCCACGCUAGAAAGCGUGGACCAAGAAUGGUCCACGCAAGGAAGUGUGGACCAAGAAUGGUCCACACUUUCUUGCGUGGACCAUCAGUGGUUCGCACUUCCUUGCGCAGACCAUUCAAAUGUCCUACGCUUGGCUUGAUAAUACAAUGGAAUUUAAAUUUGGUCUGUAUGCGAUGCCAAGCUAUCUUAAAAUUGGAUGUCUAUUUGCAAUCUUUUAUGAAACUGCCUGUGGUCUCAAAGCUUGUAUCACAAUCCCAACUGAACAAGAUGCUGAUGCUGCAGUGGUGCAUCAUUGAAACCCUUUAUUGCAACAUACCUGAACCCAAAUGGGGAAAGAGAACACCUAUCCUAUGCCUGCUGUGAUCGGUGCGAUUCGAGGCUCCGUGAAGAAAUCGUUGACAAGGAAGGUGAGCACAGAAAGAGAUGCUGGAUAGCUGGGAUGAGGGCAGUCACAAGGAAACUGAGCGGCCAUGGCACUGGCCCUAACCUGCUCUUCCCGUCACCUCUGCCACUCGAAAGUCAGUCCGAGAACCUUCCUGACGCGUCACUUCACACUGUACGCAGAGUCCGGCACUGUUUUGAGUACACAGGGCGACUGUCUGACGAAAUCACUCGCGCACCACAAGAGUUUGGGUGAAUAAAAUUACUUGCAUCGCUACCGAAACGGAUGAAAGCCAGAAACACAAACAAACAACAAGUGUCGUCUGCCACUGCCGCGGCAGCGAUCGUCUUUUGUUUUCAGUAUGGCCUUCCGCAGGGCUCCACAGGACCACAUCCCUACAAGACUGGCGUUUUUAAUCAUCUAACAAGAUUGAAUAAAGUUAGAAAAUAAUUUAAAAAUAGAGAAUACUUUUUGUUAUGAUUUUCGUUUGUGUCUGUUUAGAAAGGUGACACAAAGCGUCUUAAUUUGUUUCUUUGGUAUUCUUCGAAGAGAAUUUUUAGUUCGACUGUUGGCACUAACUGCGCUUGCGCGCAGUUUUGGCUGCAAUUCAACUUGAUUUUCAGUUCGUCAGCCGUUAACGGUCAGCUGAUUUGUGGUUGAGUAGAAAACUUUAUCAUGGAUACUUUCAUUGUUAAAUUUGGACCAAGGAUUAAGAAAGUUGAAGUAGCUCUAGAGGAGCCGUUCUCUUUUAAGUAUGUGUUGGAAAGGGCUAUCAGAAAACUGAUGGAGUGCGACCCUUUCAUGAAGAACCGUGCUUCCAGUGGCUUUUUCAUGACUCAGUACAGUGAACAAAGCAAAUUGUCAAUUGAGAUCGAUGAUGCAACCAAGUACUGGGACAUAGACCCCAACCUGCCAAUCGAGUUGAUGCUCUUCGAAUCAAUUAAUUUUGAGAUUCCAACUAGAAAGACCACAGAGCCAGCAGCACUGCCAACAACAGCCGAUCCAAUAACACCUUCGGUUCUAAGCUACAUGGACAAGCUGGGCUUAGUUGUUCACCACGAUCCGGCUUUGGUGACUCCUUCACCUACUGCAGUUACUCGAGGGGCAGGAACUAGUACUGCAGCUGCAGCUCCCAAAUCAACACCUGCUGCAAGAGCUCACAAUUCAAGAUCGAGCAAUACUCCGUCAAGCAGUAAAACAGCAGUGUGUGAUAGCAGUAAGCCAUCAACAAGCAACCCGUCAACAAGUAAUCCAUCAACAUCAGGGCAGAUAUUGUACAGUCCACAGCCUUCAAGGAAAAAGAAGAGUCGUGUUGCUCAAAGUGACGAUGAAAGUGAUGGUGAAGGGGAAUACUUGGAGCGUGUGCUGCAGCGGAGAGAGCAAAACAGAGCCGUACUGGAACAGCUGGUUCCUUCUGAUGCCCCAAAGCUGCGCCCUGCAACCAGGAAACAAGGCAAAAAAAAGGGAAAGGAGAAUAUUGAACCAAGAAUAAUGCCAAGCCGUGCAGCCAAGCAGAAAGUUCCAAGUGCAAAUGAAAAUCAGACAGGUGAUGAUGAAGAGAUGGAAGAACAAGAGCGCAUCAGUCAGGAGGACACACUGAUAAAUGAUGGACCUAUAGCAAGUCACAGUGGAAGGAAAACAGUUCAGGUUAAUGUAGUUGGUAAUUUCCAUAAGAAAAAGAAUCACAAACUGAUUGGAACAGUAAUUACGAAGGCCACCCCAUUACCUGAAUUUCCAAAGGCAUUGAAAGGAUCCUUAGAGCGUGGCAUUUACAAUACAAGACAAAUGAAUGCUUUCCUCAAAUCUCAUGUUGCAAACAUUUCAAAAGAUCGUAAAGGUCAGAUUACAAAAGCAGAGUAUAAAAAUCUAUCAGUGCAAGUGACAAACCGAUUUGCAUCCAUGAAUUUCGCACAUGCAGACACUUACAGGCUAAAAAUAAAGAAAAGCUCAGCGACAGUCUGAGAGCUGCAAGAUAUUACCCAAAGAAAAGGGCAGCCAGGAGGGCAGCAGCACAAAGGAGAAGAGAUGAGGCCUCAAGAAACCAAACCACGACUGAAGGAGAAGAAAAUCCUCG